AUGGGACUUGAUGAUGAUGAAGAUUCAGAGUCAGAAGGAUCUGGAGUGGGGUCAUUUGAGCCCCCAGAACAUGAGGAAACCAAAGGGCAACAUCCCUGGGGAAAACCAACUCCCUGGGACACACCCACUGAUGGACAUGAGAUCCACUUUGAAUAUGAGCCUGAGUCACCAGUGGAAAAGAAGAAGGAAGAUGAUGCAAACAAUCUCAUCCCAGAUGUUCAACCACCAAAAGAGACUCCACAGAAUCCCCCUCAUGAUAACAAUCAGCUGGGGAAUGAUGUCCAUAUCAUGGGAAGAGGAGAGCGUCAAGUCUCAUUCUUUGCUCAGCCUGGAAUCCUGGCAGCUAUCAUUGGAGGGGCAGUGGUAGGACUCCUGUGCACAACACUGUUGGUCAUGUUCAUUGUGUAUCGCAUGCGGAAGAUGGAUGAGGGCAGCUAUCCUCUUGAUGAGCCUCGCAAGUCUCCACCAACCAUCAAACCCUCCCCAGAGUUCUAUGCUUGA